AUGGAGUCAGUAAAUAUAGAGAAAGCGAGCAUUUUUCUCAGUGGAUUAAAGGCAAAGAUUGCAGAAAUUGCUAGGCAAACUAAAAAGGUGGCAAUGGACGAUCCAAGAAGAUUGAUCCAUUCGCUGAAAGCUGGACUUGCUCUCACGUUAGUCUCGUUGUUCUACUACUUCCAGCCUCUUUAUACCAGCUUUGGUGUCUCAGCAAUGUGGGCUGUCAUGACCGUUGUCGUUGUCUUUGAGUUCUCUGUCGGUGCAACACUUGGGAAAGGCCUGAACAGAGGUUUGGCAACCUUGGCAGCUGGUGCUCUAGGCCUCGGAGCUAAUCACCUGGCAAGUGUAAGUGGAAAAACAUGGGAACCAAUCUUGAUUGGACUAUUUGUCUUCUUACAAGCUGUAGCAUCAACGUUCAUACGAUUCUUUCCCACGGUGAAGGCUAGAUACGAUUACGGGAUGCUAAUAUUUAUCUUGACGUUCUCUCUCAUCUCUAUAUCUGGUCUACGAUCUGAUCAAAUACUCGAGUUGGCUCAUAAGAGGCUGUCCACUGUACUCAUCGGUGCAUCCACUUGUGUGAUCAUAUCAAUCUUCGUCUAUCCCGUGUGGGCCGGUGAAGAUCUUCACAAACUUGUUGCUCAAAACCUAGAGAAACUUGGAGGUUUCUUAGAAGGUUUCGGGGAUGAGUAUGUGAGAACAUUCGAUCAGGAGUCAGAGAAUGGAAGAACAUCAUCUCUAGUUGGCUUGAACAGUGUUCUUGAUUCCAAGAGCAAAGAAGAAACAUUGGCAAAUUUUGCUAGAUGGGAACCAGGGCAUGGACAGUUCAUGUAUUGGCAUCCAUGGAAACAGUACUUGAACAUUGCCAACUUGACAAGACAGUGUGCCUGUCGAGUUGAAGCACUCAACGCCUACCUAAAUUCUAAAACUCCAGCAUCCCAAGAAAUCCAAUGCAUGAUUGCAGGAAUGAGUACAGAAUCAGGAAAAGCGCUAAAAGAACUGUCAUGGGCAAUCACAACAAUGAGCAGGCCGCCCUCUCCCAAUCCCCACAUACCCAACCUGAAAAUCGCAUCCAAGAACCUGAAUUCUCUACUAAAGUCGGACUUCUGCGAUGAACACACCAAUCUUUUGCAAGUAAUCCCAGUUGCUACAGCUGCGGCCCUGCUGAACGAUACAGUUACCAGUGUCGAAAACAUUGCUGACGCCGUUAAUGAGCUCAGUUCCCUAGCAAAUUUCAAGGCCAUAGACUCAAGUGAGGCAGAAUCAGAAUCAGCAAACAGGAGUAAAAUCCCACAUGUUAUUAUUACAGUUAGCUGCGCUGCUGAGGUUAAGAAAGAAGGCCAGUCCUCUGUUCAAGCUGUCCAAAAUUAAGAAUUUUGGACUCUACUGUAAAUAUGUCAUGGCACUGUGUCAAUUUCAA